CAUCCACAUCUUUUUAGACUCUCUCUCUCUCUCUCUCUCUCUCUCCUUUUUCUGUUUUGGCCAAACACCGCCAAGCCAACAACCAAGCCCCAACACACAAUUAUAACCAUAACCAACUAUUAACCAUUUUAUAUUCCAGCCACCAGACAAGCCCUCUCUCCUUUCCUCCCUCGCAAAAACAUGAGAACCACCUCUUAGCCGGCAAAAAGAAGACACCUCCCCCCUCUCCUCUCUCAUCUUCUUGUGCGUGCUUGGCUUGUUCACACCCUUCGUCAAUCCAUCACUCUCCAUGUUCCUCUCUUGAAUAAUUAAUACUGUUCUUGCGCUACUGCUCUCUACUAAAACGGUGCCGAAUUGGAGUUGAAAGGGACUCGAUGAUGUUGGAUCUUAACUUGACCGCGGGUUCUGGUGACUCGUCAACGACAGCGAAGAAUAAUAAUAAGAUGAAGAUUCUAGAGCUUUCCAACUCUCCAAUGGAAAGUUCUGGGAGCUUCAAUUCUUCUUCUGUGGUCAAUGCGGAUGGCUGUGGUGACGAGGACUCUUGCUCCAACGGCGACGUCUUUGCUCUCAAUUUCAGUAUCUUGUCAAAUGAAAGCAGCUCCAAGAAGACCGUUUAUUCUAACACUAAUGAUCAUGAUGACCGUGGAGAUCGAACGAUCCAGCUCUUUCCAGUGGAGUGUGGGCCCAAGAAUGUAGGAGGAGAGUCUAACUCUUCUUCGACGGUGCAGAUGCAGCCGGUGGAUCUCGGUGGGUCCAGGAAUUAUGGUGGUCCUCCGGAGCAGGGGAUCGGGGCUCGACAACAAAAGCCCGUGAAAAAGAGUCGGCGUGGGCCCAGGUCGAGAAGCUCGCAGUAUAGAGGAGUCACGUUUUAUCGGAGAACUGGAAGAUGGGAAUCUCAUAUUUGGGAUUGUGGAAAGCAAGUGUACUUGGGGGGAUUUGAUACUGCACAUGCUGCAGCUAGGGCAUAUGAUCGAGCUGCGAUCAAGUUCCGUGGAGUUGAUGCUGACAUCAACUUUAACGUUAGUGAUUAUGAUGAGGACAUUAAGCAGAUGAGUGGUUUCACAAAGGAAGAAUUUGUGCAUACUCUACGGCGUCAGAGCACUGGAUUCUCUAGGGGAAGCUCAAAAUAUAGAGGAGUGACACUCCACAAGUGUGGCCGAUGGGAGGCUCGUAUGGGGCAGUUCCUGGGAAAGAAGUACAUUUAUCUUGGGCUAUUCGAUAGCGAGAUAGAAGCUGCAAGGGCUUAUGACAAGGCUGCCAUUAAAUGUAAUGGAAGGGAAGCAGUUACCAACUUUGAGCCAAGCAAAUAUGAAGGGGAGAUACUUUCAGAGCCCAGCAGUGGAGACGGCAACCAAAAUCUUGACCUGAAGUUGGGAAUUGCCCCUCCCGAUGCUUCUGAUAGCCUAAAGGUAAACAGCAACAUGGGUGGCUUUUAUUUCCACGGUGGCUGGGAUGGCGUGUCUACUGAUAGGGCACCAAAGUUUCUGAACUCUGUUUCUGCAACAAUGAAAAAUCAACUACCGAAUGGCCCCGGAGUGACAUCUGUUCACCCUCCUAUGUGGGAUGGUAUAAAUCAUCGAAUCUUUCCCAUCUAUGAGGAAAGAGCAAUAGAGAAGAGAAUGGAAGUAGAUUCCUUUCCAAAUUGGACCAGGCAAAUCCAAGGCCCUUAUGGUGGUGGAGCAAAUCCACUGCCUCUCUUCUCUACUGCAGCAUCAUCAGGAUUCGCUUCUUCAGCAAUUAUGGCACCUUCAGCAGCUGCUGGUCAACUUCACUAUCCAAGUUCAACAAUCCUCCACCAUCGAUUUUCUCCUCCAAUUACCAACCCCAGCAACAUCUCUCAAUUCUACUGUAGGAGCUGAAUGGUCUAGUACAGCCAUAAUCCAGAACCUUUUCUUAUGUAGAGGAAAGAAAUGGGUAGGCAAACAAACAAAAGGCCAAAAAUGCUAAUCGGGUUCAUUUGUUAAACUCUACAUACAAGGAUCAUUAUAUUCUGCCUUCUUCUGUCUUGUAAAGAAUAUUGAACUGGAGAAUAUUGGCAUUGAUGGAUGGUACGAGUGCAAUCCCAUCAAAAUAUGCCGUGUCUAUGCUUUUGUUUUCCUCGCGGCCAAGGUGCGUAAUGCAUAGCCAUUUGAGAUUGAAUACAGGAGAAUGAAAAUCUCUUCUUCUGCAGAA